AUGUCAUCACCAAACAAGAUGAGCUCUAACUAUGUUCUCUUGUUCUUCCUUGUGGCUUUCUCAGCACUGGCUGUCGCGGAAUCAUCCUAUUUCAGGAAAAACAGUGUCAUCUUACCACACAAGCUCGCGACACCAGAAGCCCAUGGCAUGGGGAAAGUACACGAGAUAACAGAACGCCACCGCAGAGUGCUGGCAGGGUCAAGUCACAUAAGCUAUAGUGCACUUAGCGCGAACAAGGUACCUUGCAAUAACCGUGGCCAAUCCUACUACAACUGCGGAGCAACUGGAAAGGCCAACCCGUAUCAACGUAGCUGCACUGCUGCAACACGAUGCGCUCGUCAUUAG